AUGAAUUCCCAGGGUAGUCGGAGUCGAGGAGAAGAUGGUGUUGCUAAGGUGAUUGACUUCUUACUGUCCAAUGCCCGGCUGGUUCUGGGAGUCGGUGGGGCGGCUCUGCUUGGCAUUGCUACCCUGGCAAUGAAACGGCUUAUAGAAUACGCUGGCCGUGCAGCAGAGGAAGAAAAGGUGGAGCAGAAGAUGACUGAGACCUGGGAGGAGUUGAGUUUAGUCUCCUCUUCACCCACACUGCUCAGGAAGGGCUUAGGGGGCGUCGUGAUGAAACACAUCGCCAAAGCAGCCAAACAGCAGAAAGCUGAUCUGUGCCAGCCACCGCAGAAAUCCAUGCUCGAGGUGCAGACUGAGUCGAAGUCCAAGCAGCUCCAGCUGUGUGUUCUCAGCCUGCAGGAGCGUCUGCAGCAGUACUACCACACGAGGGCAGCACUGGCUCCACAAGAGGUCCUCAGGGCUCAGACCCUGGCUGUGGACAUCUGCACUGAGAUCCAGGGCUUUCUGCACAGCCAGCACCCUCAGAUGCCGCUGGGAGAAAUGAGCCUUGGGGGUUCUCUGCUGGAUGACCUCCAGGUGGUCAGUGCAGACCACGCAUGUCUGCUGGUUCCUCUUCAGUUGGAAGCGUCACUGUGGCGUCUCAUCCCUGGAGAGGAGACGCUGCUCACACACCCAUUGCACUGGAUGGUCCGACGGAUCAACCUGGAAUACUUUCCCAGAGGCUGUAGCUACUGGGACAGGUUCCUUGUAGGGGGUUACCUGUCAUCAGAAGCUGUUGUGAUGAUGUUCAGCAAGGUUGUCAUGGAAACCAUGAACUGGCUUUCCAUCAGCAGCACUCUGGACUGUAAAAUCAGGCCUGUGUUAGGAGGACCGGACCUUCGACUGGAGAUCAGGCCAAUAAGAGGUGGAGCAGACGGCAGCAACCAAUCCCUGUUCAUCUCCAUACUGCCUUUACUGAGGGAGGAUGACGUGGUUUUGACGGCACAGCCUGAACUCACUGACCCCUGGGCCAACGCUUGGCACCUCUCUCUGUAUCCGUGGGAGACACAGCGCCUCGCCCAACUCGACGCCGCUGACGACGGCUGCCGCAGACACGUCCUUAAAAUCCUCAAAGCGGUCUGUCGGCUAAACCCCGCCCUCAGACCGCUGGAAGCCGCCCCCCUUGCUAACCUCCUCCUGCACCUCAGUGACAGCGAGACGGACUGGUCGGAGCCUAGCAUAGAGGCGCGAUUCCAGCAGUGCAUCAUGGAGUUGAUCGGCUACCUCGAACAGGCAGCGCUGCACAGUUACUUCAAGCCGGCUGUCAAUCUCUUGAGUGGUUUGUCAGAAGACCAGGUGGACCAGAUGGGCUUCAUGCUCUACUGCGCCGUGUCAGAGCCAGAAAUCCUGCUCAUAUAAAAUUGCCACAUUUCCUGUUGCCUUGCCAUCACAGCCUGAUGUUUUCAUGGUGACUGAAGGUGAAGACACACGGAAGCAAUUGAUCUGCAGGCUGCGAGUAACCGCUGCAUAAGUGCAGUCUUUACUCCAGUAGUGUGCAUGCUGCAUUUUCCUUUUUAUCAACUUCAAAAGUUCUGUCUAUGCAGAAUAAUGAAGAAGCUGCUGCAAACUGUCCAACUUGAGGAUAAAUUCACCCCCACCCCAAAGUCCUCGUUAAAUUAAAUGUUUAGUGACUCCUCUUUGGCAAUUCUGUUUUCCGCAAAUUUGUUCGGGAAGGAAUGAACGAGAGAACGGGGCAGCCGCCUUAAGAGCUCCAAAUAAUCUCAAACCACAUUUUCCCAAACAUUCCUGUCGCUUAGUGGCGUUAUUCAAGUAUUUUGUGGUUACUGCUGAUAUUAAGGUUUUAUAGGAAUAAUUCACCCAGUGGUGGUAACAUGUACUGUAAAUUUUUGCUGACACUUUAAAAGUAUAGUUGGGGUGGUUUGGAGUGAAGAUUGGCAUAACAUGAGGUCUGUGCACGACAUCAGCAAGAAACAAACUGGCACUUACGUCUGAGCCUGUUCAGGGUUGAUAUUACCUGGUUUAUUAGACGCAAAAAAAAAAAAAAACUACUGCUAAUAUUAUUUCAUUGCUAGUUUGAGCAUGUCUUGUAAAUGUCUGGAUGGCUGCCUGGUUAAUGUUCAUUCCUUAACUCCCACCAGGUUCAUUAGUAUUUGGACUAACUUUAAAUAAUUGUGCCUCUGUACUGCACUCCAACAAAGUUGACAAAAAACAAUACAGAUGUGCUUGAAGUGUAUAAUUACAGGUUUUAAUUCUAGAUGCUUAGCAGACCAAUAACUCAAGGGAUAGACACGAACAUUUUGAAAUCAUUGUUUUGCACUUCAUUUUCAUCAAUUAUUAAGAAAUGUGAACAGGGUGGUACUAUAUGGUAAAUUUUAUUUAACCUUUAUCUGUCUGUCUGUCUAUCUGUUAGAAGUGGUUCUCAAAAGCUGAGUAGCCACACAUGAGGUAGACUAGUGAGGGAAGCCACCAAGAGACCCAUAACAACUCUGAAGGAUUUAUAGGUUUCUGUUAUUGUGAUUGGAGAAACUGUCAUAGUGCAACUUUUGUUGGUUGCCUCACCAGUUACAUGUUUCAUGGUGGAGUUGUACAGUAACAGAUUUUCUUAAAAUUAACGCUUGACGCUUCAGCUAUAGUUUUCUAGAAUGCACAUGGCGAGUUGACCCUAGAUUUGAUCUGUUUUCUUGUAUGAAAAUCAUUAAUUCCACUGCACCAUGUUGCUGUGUGUAAGUAGUGAUGCAACACGUUAACAUUAGAUUAUGUGCUCCAGUCACAGCCACAGAACCUUGCAGCUCCUUCAGACUUGUCACGAAUGUCUUGAAGGCUCCCCUCACUGGUCUUUAUGUACAGUCACUCAGGAUCUGAGAACUGCCUACUCCACACAGAUUUAUCCUACAGUACCAACACAUAUUUGGUAAUUUAGCAAUGUUCGUGUAGCUGUUUCCUGACGCGGGCUGUAAAAGUAACUGUUUUAAAAAUAAUCUUCAAGUUUGGCUCUGAAAAUGGAGGUCGGUUGUAAUUCCUGUAAUUAAAACCCUUCAAUUAAUGCUGAAAAUCGAUAGCAGAAGCACGUCUAUAUUGUGUUUUGACACAUUGCAGUGGUGCGCAGAAGCAGAUUUGCUCACAGUCACUGUUCAAAUACCUGUCCUUUUUUCAGUAUUUUUCCCAAAGGAAACAGUCAUUAUAGUUGAGUCCAGCGCUCUGAGGCUUGAUUGUAAUCUUGGUCAUAUUAAAACGUAGCUCACACACAAAUAAAAAAAAAAGCUCAAUGGGUCCUUAAACUUGUGCUUGUAUGAAAAAUAAUCACGUAUAAUGUGAUUGCAUUCAGCAGUCUGGAAUAAAGUGUAUAAAGCCAGUAAGUUACAGUUCCUACUGAAACUCAAGUCAGUGCUGCUGGUAUUUGUGUGUAUUUUUUUUCUAAUGUUUAAUCUUUUUUGUUUUAUGUGCAAUCUUUAAAUACAACACAUACACACAGAGAAAUAAUCUAUUUCAAAAUAAGGCAGCACUACUGCAUCGUGCGUAGUUAUGUGGUACGGCUGUCUCAAUUUCCUGGAUGCUGUGUAUCUUAUUUUGAAGUGUUUGGUUUUGUUUGUGUUGUUUCCUUAGUUUGUGAUUUAAGCUUCCUCUGCUUGAGUGAAAGUCAUUUUGUUGUAGCGAGUGAAAAACCAUGAUCAUUGAUUGAACAAGAGCAAUAAAAGGUAAAGGUGAAUCAA